AUGACCUCUGCAAGAGACUAUGUGAAGGAGAAGAUGCCCUUACUGGGCUUUGGAACUUAUCAGAUACGUAAAGAAUCGACCUUACAUGACGUCGUCGACGCCGCUCUUUCAUGUGGCUAUCGUUUUUUCGACACUGCUCAGAUAUACGGUAAUGAGGCUGCACUUGGUAGGAUAUUCAAGGAACUUUUGCCGAAAUACGACUUGAGAAGAGAAGACAUCUUUAUCACUUCUAAAGUGUCUCCGGCUAAUCAAGGCACAGACCUCGCCAGAAAAUCUAUUGAAAAGUCCUUAGAGAAGCUCCAGACUGACUACAUUGACCUAAUGCUGAUACAUUGGCCUGGAACCAGCAAAAAAGCUGCUGACGACAAAAACAACCCCUUAAGGCGAAAACAAACCUACGAAGUUUUGGAGGAUUUUCAUGAGUCGGGCGAAAUUCGAGCGAUUGGCGUGUCUAACUACGAAAUUCGACAUUUAGAAGAACUGCUCGAACACUGCAAAAUUCGUCCCGCUGUGAAUCAGGUGGAAUUUCAUCCACAUUUCCACCAACUUGACCUUUUGGAGUUCUGCAGAAUGAAUGAUAUCCAUUUCCAGGCAUAUAGCAGCUUCGGUGGUCCGGACUAUCGUGAUAAACUCUUCAACGAUCCUGAAGUGCAACGAUUAGCUGAAAAAUACAACAUCGAAGUUCCACAAUUUCUGUUGGCAUGGACUAUAUCGCAGUCCAUCAGUGUCCUUCCUCGUUCUACAAAUCCUGAGCGAGUCGUUUCAAAUUUUAAAGCGCUAGACGUAAAAAUAUCGUCAGAUGAUGUACAAAAACUGCUCAACAAUGAAAAAUGUCAUAAGGCAUGUUGGGAUCCGACGGUUGUUGUGUGA